ACAAUCUACAAGUGACAAUGUGACAUGAUCGGUCUGACAAGGACAAUCAAAGAAGCUGCCCUUCUCAUUUUUAUAUUUUUCAUCUUUUCACAUUACCAAACUUUAUAUUAUUUUCUAGUUUUGCAAAUAUUUUCCGUCAGUAUUCACGUUUCUCUCUUCUCUAUAUAAACCACACUAAGUUUUAUAUCUCUAAUACAACCCUAAGAGCCUCGGAGAAACAAACCCAGUUCAAAGCGUUCGCCGGGAGGAAAAGAACAUGCCGACGAACAAAACACCGUUCCUCCCCAUCUUCCUCGGUUUACUUUGGUUCGGUUCAUUUGCCGGUUUAGAAUCAACGACCGGAAAACUUCCUUCGAUUCCGGGAGUAUACAUUUUCGGAGAUUCGUUGGUUGAUGCAGGAAACAAUAAUUACUUAGCAAUUUCCAUAUCCAAAGCUAAUUAUCCACGUAACGGCGUUGAUUUUCCUGACAAGAAAGCCACCGGGAGAUUCUCUAACGGCAAAAACGCCGCAGAUGCUAUCGCUGAGAAAUUUGGUUUACCGUUACCGCCGCCGUAUCUCUCAUUGAAAGUCCCAUUUAAAGAGAAAGAGAGAAAAUCUGCGGCCUUAACUGGUGUGAAUUUUGCUUCGGGCGGAGCUGGUAUCUUCAACGGUUCCGAUCAAAAACUUAGACAAUCUAUUCCUUUAUCGCACCAAGUGAACGAUUGGCAAGACAUUCAUAAAGAACUAACAAGUCAGCUUGGACCAUCCGAAGCACAAAACCACCUAUCCAAAUCUCUAUUCUUCGUGGUAAUAGGCAGCAACGAUCUUUUCGACUAUUUUGGAUCGUUCAAACUUCGACAAAAGACCGAUCCUCAGCAAUAUACACAAUCAAUGGCUGAUAAGUUGAGGGAGCAAUUAAAGAUAGUUCACGAUACUGGAGCACGUAGAUUCCUUAUACUAGGUGUAGCACAGAUUGGUUGCACACCUGGACAAAGAGCGAAAAACUCGACGAUGCAUGAAUGCAACGAAGAGUCUAACAUGUGGUGUUCUUUGUACAACGAAGCUCUAGUAAAGAUGUUGCAACAAUUUAAACAGGAGUUGAAAAGCUCAAUGACGUACACUUACAUUGAUAACUUCAAGUCCGUCCAUGACAUUAUCACCAACCCUGCCCGCUACGGUUUUGCGGACGUGACAUCAGCGUGUUGUGGUAGUGGGGACUUAAAUGCGGACUCUCCUUGUUUUCCCGUGUCAAAUUUAUGCUCAGACAGAACCAAAUACCUCUUUUGGGAUCGCUUCGGUCAUCCCACGGAAGCUGCUGCUCGGACCAUCGUCGAUCUUAUGUUAUCUGAUGACUCGCAAUACUCAUCUCCUUUAACUCUAACUCAACUUGUCUCUUCAUGAUCAAUAUGGCUUUGUUUUCUAAACAUUCGAUCAUCAAAUAGAACUGGGUUUUGGUGCCUUGAUUUGUAAUCAAGUAUAUAUACGGGCCAGUUCUGUUGGAAAUCUAAUGUUGUGUAUUGA